AAUCCAAUUCUGGCCAAAAUAUACUCUGUGUUAAUCGACCUACCAGAAUACCUGUGCGUGGAGACCAAGUGGGUGAGCCACCAGUACGCGAUGGACAACAAUGUAACAGUGAUGAGAGUCGCCAUGGUCAAUGGCGGCCACACGGAAGUCACCCAGAAUAAAUCACCAGAGGACGAUUUUCCCAAAAGAGAACGUGGCGUACAAACGGACGCAAAGAAAACAUACAACGUGGCCGUGCAGUGUUGUCGGGACGAGGAGGAAUGGGACUGGAAUGACUUCAACAAUCGGGAGGAGGAAAAGGAUCCCAAAGACUCCGCCAGCGAGGAGGCCGCAUUCCUUACCUUCGUUAGCGAUAGCACCAGCAUGUUCCCGAACGGAAUGCUGGAGUGCCAGGUUUGCGGCGAAGUAGCCAGCUCUCUGAUCGAGCAGCAGGGCCACAUGAAGGUGCACUACGGUCCGGAGGUACUCUGCUGCCAUUGUGGGCAACGGAUACCCCAUGAGAAGCUGGUAAAGCGCCACAAUCUUAGUUGUCCUGGUUUGAGGCCCAAAAAAUCAUCCAUGUUCUUCAAGUGCCCGCAUCCGUUGUGCAGUGUCAAGUGCCAUUCGGAGAUGCAGCUAUUCCGCCAUCUGGAAAAGCACAGACGCCGGAGCUCUUACAGAUGUCUCCAGUGCAAGCAGAGUUUUAAGACCGCCUCCACUCUGCUGAUCCAUCGCAAAGCUGCGAUCGGUUGCUCCAAGGCCAAGUGUGUCACGUUGUUCCAAAAGCACAAGCUGUCCAAGGAGGAACGCGAUCUGAGAUGCUGCUCGGUUUGUCUCAAACGCUUUAGCAGCGAGAGGAUGUGCAAUGUACAUAGGAGAAAGUGCAUUCUGAGCUACCACAAAGACUUAGGACUAGAAUUACUGAAUGAAUUAUAAACAUAAGUAACAUAUUUUUUCACAUUUUUUGUAUAUAUUUAAGAAAUAGAAAUCAAUAACAAUAAGA